AGAAGCCAGCCAACCACCGCUGCACACCGAAACACGAAUAGAAGAAACAAAACAGCUUACAAUAACAAGUUAAUAAAUAAGAAACAAGAAAAACGAAGCCCUCUCCUCCUCUGCCUACCAUCCUUCUGGACCUUCUCUCUCUCUCUCUCUCUCUCUCUCUCUCUCUCUCUCUUUCCCGAUACAGGAACAGAUACACGACAUAAAACAGAUACACAUACUGUUCUGUCUUCCUAUUACUCUCUCUCUCUCUCUCUCUCUCUCUCUCUCUCUGUUUUUUUAGCAAUACAAAAAAGCUUUUGACUUUAUUAUAGCAGUAAUAAGAGAGAUCAAAGUUACAGUUUCGAAUCUCUAUGGAGCAGCUUGUUAACUUUAUUAUACGGCCUCCCAGAGCUGAAUACAAUCCAAAACAUGAUUUGUUGGAUCAAGAGUUCAUGUUGAAAGGAAAAUGGUACCAAAGAAAAGAUGUGGAGGUUCAAAAUGGUAGGGGAGAUGCUCUUCAAUGUAGUCAUUACAUGCCCAUUGUUAAUCCCCAAGAAAAGCCUCUGCCAUGUGUAAUAUAUUGUCAUGGAAACAGUGGGUGCAGGGUUGAUGCUAGUGAAGCUGCUAUUAUAUUGUUGCCUUCAAAUAUUACAGUUUUCACCCUUGAUUUCUCAGGGUCCGGACUUUCUGGAGGAGAUCAUGUCACUCUAGGAUGGAAUGAAAAAGAUGAUCUCAUGGCCGUCGUUAAUUAUUUGCGGCAAGAUGGAAAUGUCUCUUUGAUUGGCUUAUGGGGACGUUCAAUGGGUGCUGUCACUAGCCUGAUGUAUGGAGCUGAGGAUCCCUCAAUCGCUGGAAUGGUUCUUGACAGUCCCUUUUCUGAUUUGGUUGACCUAAUGAUGGAACUUGUGGAAACUUACAAAUUCCGUUUACCCAAGUUCACUGUGAAAUUUGCUAUCCAAUACAUGCGUAAAUCUAUUCAGAAAAAGGCAAAGUUUGACAUAAUGGACCUGAACACCAUCAAGGUGGCAAAAUCAUGUUUUGUUCCUGUUUUAUUUGGGCAUGCCAUUGAUGAUGAUUUCAUACGCCCUCAUCACUCACAAAGUAUAUUUGAAGCUUACAUGGGAGACAAGAACAUUAUCAAGUUUGAGGGAGAUCACAACUCUCCACGCCCACAAUUCUAUUUUGAUUCAAUAAAUAUUUUUUUUCACAAUGUUUUACAACCUCCUGAGGAUGAGGUGGGGGGAACAUACUUUGAAACAAUGCAUGAUUACUUUGGUAAGGAUAGUUGGAGCUCUUUGCAUAAAGUUGGCCAUAACCCAGAAUCUUCAGUUGUGUAUAAAGAACCAUCAUCAAGCAGUACAGCAGAUGCCAUUGAACAAGUUCGGUCCAAAACACCUAUGAGUCGGAUGGAGGUUCCUAUGGAUAUUCAACAUAAAGACCAUCAAUCUGAAGUCGAGCAUGAAGAAAUUGGUGAUGAUCAUUUGCCAUCAUCGUCCAAAAUGAUUAGCUUUGAAUUAUCCAACGGUCAUCCUUAUGGUCCACAUGUUCCAACAACAAUGGAUGACAAUCAAUAUGUGGAAUACCAGCUGGAGGACUUGGCAGGUUUUCCAUGUGAUAUAGAGGAGGAAGAAAGGAUGUUCAUGGAAGCAGUAAUUGAGUCAUUAAAGGACUUGGAGAUGCGACACCCUAAUGCAGAGGGACAACCAGCCAGUGUCAGUCCAGCUUCUGUUAAAUAUUCACAAAAAGAUAGCGGGGAUGCAUCUUCAAUUGUAGAACAUGGCAAUCCUUUGAAUACACCAACUUCCACUUCAGUAAAGCAAAAGACAGAAUCGACUUCCUCUUUAGCAGUCAAUGACCAAAAUUUAGCAACUGAAGGUCCUUCUCCCGCUACAAGUGCAGCAUCUGUAGGAACUACAUUUGACACUCCGUCAUCCAUAAUGGGGUCAGAAAGCACAACUACCUCUUCUCGAAGUGAUACUUCAGGAAUUGUCCAUAGCUCAACAGAUAGUGACUUGUCAGGUAAUACAACAGCCACAUUGACUGUAGAACGGAAUCCAGCAGGCCACAUUAUGGAUGGUUUGCUGCGCCGAUGGGAUUUCAACUUGUUCCGAAAUGGUAGGUGAAAACCAAAAUCAUUAUUUUAUGUUUCAAGAAUGCCAUGAUAUUUUGUUUUGUAUUUAAGAUAGUGCCACGAUUCAGUGCUGUAAAAUAUACAAAAACAAAAGCAAGAAAAUAGAUUCCGUGUUUAAAGUUGAUUGUGUUGGUUUUACAAACUGUUGUCUACUUUCACUUGAUAGGAGGCUUGUAAUGAUUCUUUUUACUCCCGAUCAGGGAAACACAUCUGUUAAUAUAAUUUAAAUAAAGAGUCGGAUUUGGUA